GGUAACGGCCGCGUGGUAACCAGGCGCCCCGUGCGCGCUGCGGGUUUCCGGCGGGUUGGGGCUCCAGGUGCGCAGGAUGAAGAUCGAGGAGGCAUGUGGUGUGAUAGUAGAAUUAAUCAAAAGCAAGAAGAUGGCUGGAAGAGCUGUCUUGUUGGCAGGACCUCCUGGAACUGGCAAGACGGCGCUGGCUCUGGCCAUUGCCCAGGAGCUGGGCAGCAAGGUCCCUUUCUGCCCAAUGGUGGGGAGUGAAGUUUACUCCACGGAGAUCAAGAAGACCGAAGUGCUGAUGGAGAACUUCCGCAGGGCCAUUGGGCUGCGGAUAAAGGAAACCAAGGAGGUCUACGAGGGCGAGGUCACAGAGCUCACCCCGUGUGAGACGGAGAACCCCAUGGGCGGCUACGGCAAGACCAUCAGCCACGUGAUCAUAGGGCUCAAGACGGCCAAGGGGACCAAACAGCUGAAACUGGACCCCAGCAUUUUUGAAAGUUUGCAGAAAGAACGAGUAGAGGCUGGAGAUGUGAUUUACAUUGAAGCCAACAGUGGGGCCGUGAAGAGGCAGGGCCGGUGUGAUACCUACGCCACAGAAUUCGACCUUGAAGCUGAAGAGUACGUGCCCUUGCCCAAGGGGGAUGUGCACAAGAAGAAGGAGAUCAUCCAGGAUGUGACCUUGCACGACUUGGACGUGGCCAACGCCCGGCCCCAGGGCGGACAGGACAUCCUGUCUAUGAUGGGCCAGCUCAUGAAGCCAAAGAAGACAGAGAUCACAGACAAACUCCGAGGGGAGAUUAACAAGGUGGUGAACAAGUACAUCGACCAGGGCGUGGCUGAGCUGGUCCCUGGAGUGCUCUUUGUUGACGAGGUCCACAUGCUGGACAUCGAGUGCUUCACGUACCUGCACCGGGCCCUGGAGUCCUCCAUCGCUCCCAUCGUCAUCUUUGCGUCCAACCGAGGCAACUGUGUCAUCAGGGGCACGGAGGACAUCACGUCUCCCCACGGCAUCCCCCUCGACCUUCUGGACAGAGUGAUGAUCAUCCGGACCAUGCUGUACACUCCGCAGGAGAUGAAGCAGACGGUGUACAUCUCUCACUGUGUGGUCAGCGUGUGGCCAAGGCAGCGGACGUGGAGUGGACGUGCACUGACGUGUUGGCGGGCUCUGCCAGACCCUCUCCUUGCCAGAGCACAGGCACUCUUUGUGGGACCUCAUCCACAGCUGUUUGAUCCCCAGCCACCGUGGGGGGGCGUUUCUCUUGGCUGUCAGCAAGAAGCCCUUUGUAUCAGGGACACAGAACUGCUAGCUCCGGCUGUCGUGGCUGGAGCCUCGGCCCCACUGCUCUCCUCACCGUCUAUGCAGAAACUUCUCUGCUGGGCUCCACUUCUCUGUGGACCCCAGACGGUGGGCCCCUCACACACCAGCUGAGGUUCUUUGGACAGAGAUCACACCUGGCAUCCCCUGGCUGACCAGAUAAGUGUGAUGUGGCCAGUGUGCCGUUUGUGAAAUAUUUAAACAAGUUGAAACAUUUUGCAAUCGGGACAUUUCAUUAAAAACCAGAGUUCUGAGUCUCUCCUGACAAAAUGAAAGACCUCCCUGCCAGCACCUGGCCCUCGGCCCUGGCGGCGCUGGCUGCCUGCAGCGGAGGGCCACCUCCCCUGGCGCACGCUGGCCCUGCACCUUGGCCCUGGCCUGCUCGCAUCUGCAGGACUUGGUUCCUGUGGGCGGGCCCUUCUCGUUCACAGCAGCCGCCACGCUGAGCCCUUUAACCACGGUCCCCAGACGCCAGCCUCCCUGCCUCUGCGGCUCCUGCCCUCGGGGUCUCCACCUGAGAGCUGGACGCCCGCUGGAAGUGUCCAUCUCCUAACCCCCGGUCCCUCUUCCCUGGUGAGGCUGUGGCGAGGGGCUCAGUCUUUCCCACUCCGGUGUCUCUAUCCUGGGUGUGUUUUUAUAGCUUUAAUUUAAACAAGGCUUCUUGAUAUCUUGUUUACGAAGCUGCCAAAGUGAAAAAUUCCUGUAUUAUGUGCGGCUUGAAGUCCUCGAGUUAUCUCAGCUCCACAACACACAGCAUCACUGUCCCGCGGCCCCUUAUCACUCAGCGCCGCUGCGCCUGCAGGGUCCCGGUGCCACUCGUGUCGGUGUCCCCGCGCCAGCCUGCUUCCCUCCAGCUUCACGAAGGUCUUCAAGCCGCAGCAAGCAUCGGCCUCUUCCUGGCAGAUUAGAUACCUCCAGUGAUGCUAUGAGGGCUGAUAAAUCUUUGAAAGUAACUUUUUUGAUUUAUUUAACCAUCGUAUUUAUCAAGCAAAUAAAAAAUGUCUUAUUGCCUGAGUGCUUAUAGGUGGUGGUGCCCACACUGGAGAGGAAGGUUAGCACCCCCGAGGGAGCCCAGACAGGUUUUGGGGGGAAUUGCACAGGCAGGGCUGGGGGGCAGGAGCUGUGCCACCCUGGAAGCAUGCCUCAGGGGGGACCAGCUGCCUUCUAAAGCUGCACGAAGCCAUUCCUGUCGAAGGCGAGUGACACCACCCUGGAGGUGUGCGAGGCUGGCAGUUCCCGUCAGGGUCGGCUCUGCCCCGCCAGCCCAGGUUUGGGCCUCUGUGCUUUUAGGAGGCAGGACAGGGACACUUGAGGUCAGUCGCUUGAUCAUUUUUUCUCCUU